AGUGCAUUAAUGAUGCUCAGCCAGCAGCUUCAAGAAACACCUCUUUGAACUGGAGUCAUUAUGAGCGUCUUCUUCAACAACUUCCGACGAUAUCGUGUGACUCAGUAUCCUUUAGGUGUGCUCACUUUGACUACCUGGUUCACCCCGGUCGGCGAAAGCGAAAUUACACCGAAAAGAUUGCGCAACUUUAUCGUUUAGAAGGAGUUUUUAUCAGUUAGCUCGUCAGCUAGCUCACUAUGUUGCCGGGGUAACUAGUUAGCAGUUAGCAGGGCCAGCGCACUAUGUCGCAGGGGUGACUAGUUAGUUGUUAGCAGAGCCAGCGCACUAUGUCGCAGGAGUAACUAGUUAGGAGUCAGCAGGGCCAGCGCACUUGUCGUGGUUUUGGACAUGUUUUUGCGAGACAACGAGGACUGUGAGGCAGCUGGAUCUCAGAGGCUACUUCACUAUGGAUAAACAACCCAAAACAGCUGCUCUGUUGAUGUGAGAAAAGAAGGUCAAGAGGACAACAUCAGCCACUAUGAGCAGGGCAGAACAACAGGACAGGGUCUUGUCCACAAGCGAAGACUCUCUCCCGGGCCUCCACAACUCUAAAGCUGACCCGCUGAUCCGAAGCCGUCCCCUCAGUGAUAUAUACCCGUUCCAUGGUCAUGCUGACAGAAGUGCAGUCCCGUGUCUGCUGUCUGGGUGUGGCGCCCAAGUACAGCCUGCAGGUUCUGAAGAAAGCAGAUUGAAUGGCAUCAACUCCUCCGCCUGGUCCAACCCGGUUAUAGGUCAACCUGAGGGGAAGCCCUCAAGAAUUAUGAGGCUUUUUUCUAACUCGAGGAAGGGCCCUGUCCCCGCUCACAGUCCAGCCACUGACAGUCCAACCAGUGACAGUUCCGCCUCAACCCACAGCAACGACAGCAACAGCGUCCCCCAGUCCUGGUCAGGACUCUCAGGACUGGGUGUUGUGGACUCCUUCAAAAAGCUCCGCUCUUCUGUGCUCCAGGGUAUACAGAGUAGAGGGGCGGUCAACUUCGACGGAGAACAUGUCCUAUCAAUUCAGGAAUUGGCUAAUGGUGGCACAGGUGUGGUCAACACUGACCCUGGUCUAAAUGAUGCAGCAAAUCCUUUAAAGUUUGCAGAAGGAUACAGUGUGUCUAACGGAAGUUUUGCAGGCCAAAAGUUGGCUGUGAUGAGCAGCUGUGGAUCAGAUAUUGAGGACUGCGAUGAUGAGGAAAAUGGCGAAGGAGACGGUCUCACGCGCAACACACGCUUCUCAAGGAGUAUCAGGAGAGCGUACGGAGCAGGACGCAUCUCUAUACUCGACACAGGGAACAGGAGACUAGCAAGAAGCAGCACAAAUGAAGCUAUGGACAGUCCGAAACCAGAACAGACAUCCGAGGUCAAUGUCCAAACAAAGAACAUGAAUGAGAACACAAAUGUGAAGGUGCUGAGCAGACUGAGCAAAAGUGCAGAAAAUCUUCAUAUAUUUAAAGCACCUUUCAGACGCAAAGCCCCAUCUCAAGGACGUCCUUCGCUUCAGGAGUUCCCCCAGAGGACUAAACCGUCAAACGGGACUCCAAACAUCCAGAGGACAGCCAGCGCCUCCUCAGUGGACCUCCGGGGACACGCUGUUAGCCACAGGAAGAGCCCUGCGAUGACCAAGGGGCCGAUGCUGAAGCUAGUAGGCAGCAUGACUGACCUGACUGUCAGACGCAGGCGAAGUCCUUCCCCGAGCCCAACCUCUCAUUCUCCCUUGUCACCCCUGACCCGUCUCCAUGACGACUACUCCCGCCGUGUGCCUUGCCUAGCAACCAGUGAGCGACAGCGCCGGCCGUCGCCCGUCAGAGCCAGGGUCAUUUCUGUCGAACGCACUCCUCUGGUUCAUCUACAGCCUGAAUAUGAUGCUAUCCUCAUCAGCCAGAUUUCUGUGGAGGUCCCAGAGGGAGCAGAGCAGACUUCACCUGGUGUCUCUGCUCAUUAUGAAUCACUGACUGAGGCCACAACAAGUGGUUAUAAACAGACAUCAGAUUCAUCUCCUCUCAGCCAGAAAGAGCCUUCACAACAACAAGAACAGACUGAAGUCAACGUGCAACCAAAUGAGGUGACAUCAGACCAACAAGGGCCAGAAGCACUUCUCCAUACAGAAGAAGUCUCUCUAACAACCAGCAGCAACCCUCCUAUCUCUCCAACAUCCUCCUCGGAGUCACCCACAUCGCCCACAGAUGCAUCCACGGAAACAUCCUCCGUCAAGCCCAGACGAAGGAGUGGGCGCCCGAAACCUCGACCCAUCUCUGACUACGGGCAGCUCGCUUCCAGGAAGCACUCCAUUCCAGAGGAAGUGGCAGAGCUGCAUGCUGAAGAAAGGACAGCAUAUACAUCAAUGCAUAAAGACUGCAGCGGUAAUGACGCGUGUGGGAAUGGAGAGAGCCCCGAGAACUGCAGCAUGAACAGAGAAGUUCAAGGCAUGAGGCAGCGUCCGAUCUCAGUGAUAGGAGUUGUGGAUCUGUUCUCUCCUGAUGCUGAGGAGAAAGAUGACCGUCUUCCUUCUGCCCUGUCGCGGCCGCCCAUCCCCUCCCACCAGGUUCCCCCCUACAGAGCAGUGUCUGCCAGGUUUCGCCCCUCCGCCCUCUCCCAGAGCACCCCCAUCGGACUGGACCGUGUUGGACGGCGUAAGCUCCACAGAAUGCUCAGCGAGGGUGUGUCUGCUGCAACACUUGAUGACAGCGUGAGCGAGGAGGAGGAGGAGGGCAGCUUUGAUGAGCUCACUGAUAACACGCCCUACCUCCAGCCAGGGGUGGAGCUCUCUGUGCUCAACGAGUGGAUUAGCUCGGGCCACACGGUGUAUGCUGAGGCACUCUGGGACCAUGUGACCAUGGAGGAGCAGGAGCUGGCCUUCAAGGCCGGAGAUGUUAUCCGGGUCCUGGAAGCCUCACAUAAGGACUGGUGGUGGGGCAGGGGUGCUGACAAGGAGGCCUGGUUCCCUUCCAGCUUUGUGAGGGUGCGAGUGAACCAGGAGGACUCAAGUACAGAAUGUGUGGCAGACCAGGAAGAAGAUUCAACUCCCAGGGACACACCCAGCACUCAGCACAAGGAGCAGAUGAGAACCAAUGUGGUUCAGGAAAUCAUGAAUACUGAACGCAUCUACAUCAAGCACCUAAAAGACAUCUGUGAGGGUUACAUCCGUCAGUGUCGUAAAGUCCCGGACAUGUUCACUGAGCUGCAGUUGAAGACCAUCUUCAGCAACAUAGAGGACAUCUACAAGUUUCAGAGGCAGUUCCUCAAAGACCUGGAGAAGAAGUACAACAAAGACCAACCGCAUCUCAGUGAAAUAGGCUCCUGUUUUCUCUUGCAGGGAGAGGGCUUCUCUAUCUACUCAGACUACUGUAACACUCAUCCAGCAGCCUCUGCUGAGCUGCAGCGCCUCAUGAAGUCGGGCAAAUAUAAGCAUUUCUUUGAGGCCUGCCGGCUCCUCCAGCAGAUGAUCGACAUUUCAAUUGCAGGUUUCUUGCUCACACCCGUCCAGAAGAUCUGUAAAUACCCCCUGCAGCUGGGAGAACUGCUUAAAUACACCCCCAAAGACCACAGUGACUACAGCGGAGUGAGCAAAGCGUAUGAGGCUAUGAAGAACGUGGCCAGUCUGAUAAAUGAGAGGAAGAGACGGCUGGAGAGUAUCGACACCAUCGCUCACUGGCAGGUGGCGAUUCUCCACUGGGAGGGGCCUGACGUGCUGGAGCGCAGCUCAGACCUGAUCCACUCUGGUGAGAUGACUCGAGUCCUCCGACAGGGCAAAAUGCAACAGCGCAGCUUCUUCCUGUUUGACCACCAGCUGGUUUUCUGUAAAAAAGACGUCCUGCGCAGAGACCUGCUCCACUACCGCGGACGGCUGGAUAUGGACGAGACCGAGGUGUUGGACAUGCCCGACGGGCGGGACCUAGACCUGGGCCUGACCCUGAGGAAUGCUCUGCGCCUGCGCAACGCCUCCACUCUGGAGUUUGUGUGUAUGCUGUGCUGCAGGAAGGCCCAGGACAAGCAGAGGUGGUUACAGGCCUUCGCCAAGGAGAGACACAGAGUCAAGGAAGACCAAGAGAUGGGAAUGGAGAUCAGUGAAGAACAAAGAAAACAGGCCAUUGUUAAUGCCAGAAGAGCCAAACAGAAGAAGAGCAAAAACGCUGGUUACUCUGGCUCUGUCCCACCACACCACCAAAACCUUCACCCACUUCACCAGCGUCACGUCACCAUUCCAACCAGCGUGCCUCAGCAGCAGGUCUUUUCACUGGCCGAGCCCCCCAAACGAAAGCCUUACCACCUGUUAUACAGCAUCACCCGCAACGCCUUUUUCAGGAAAUGAGGCUUUGCUCCCUCAGCCUUUUUUGCCUCCCAAAACGUCCUGAAGACUCAAAGAACACUUUAUUUUUUCCUGUAUUUUUUUCUGCCUGUGAAUGUACUGUCAAGUUUGGUUUUUGUGCCUCUUGUGUCUUUCUCUUUGUGUUUGUUUUUGUUGCACCAUGAAGUUCAGUGCCUACAAUUUGGAAGAGGCAUGACAAAAAGUGUUAAAAUACUGACUAAAUGCUGCUCACUCAAGAGACUCCCAUCCCCUUUUGUUUUAUUAAUUCCAACUGAAAGAUUUUUUUAUGUUAAUUAUGACAACAAUGUAUGUUCUGCUUUUACGUUGACAAACAUGGUUUUAGUUUAUUUCACAGAGGCUGGACCCUUUUUUUGCUGCGAGUCUGUCAACUCUGAGCUCAAAACAGCCAGAGGAUAAAUUAACUGACACAGUCACCUACCUUGUUAACACUGUAAAUAAAACUCUUGUACAAACAUA